GCUGGCGGUGAUUUCCGGCUUUGUCUCACUUUUACGUAUACUACAUCCAAGACUAAUUUACUUUCCUUUCAGACAUGGCAUGCACAUCAUUAACAGAUCUUCCUAACGAGCUCCUCGCUCUUAUUGUCUGCCAAAUCUCCACCGAAGACAGGUUAUCUCUCGCCCAUCUCUCCCGGAGACUCAACCACGUCGCCUUGUCCUAUCAACUCUACGAGAAACACAUUCCAUCAUACAGCUCAUUCGGCACCAAUGCCCGUCCAUUCUCCGACCUCCGCCAUCUUGGAUUAUAUCUCACAUCAGACUCGGAGCCUCCCUUCCAGGUCAUAGAGCUCGCCUUCACAUCCAAGUUCGACGAAGAAAUGGAACACGUUCAGCGUUAUCUGGACACUAUCCGAUAUGAUCCUCCUGCUUUUCACAUUCAGUUCCUGGCCAGAAAUCUGUGUGACAGACCCUGGGAAUACUGGGAAUCCAUACAGCGCUUUUCUAGCUUCUGCAAGGGUCUUGUCCGGUGGAAGUGUCUCUCCCUCGCCUUUCCCAGCUUUCAAGCAUACCAGUUGGACUGGAAAAAUACCAUGUCCUUUGAUGUGCCAGUGCUCACCACGCUUCAGAGCGCAGCUUUCGAUUGGCCAUAUUCACAUUGUCUUGCCAAGUGGUUCGUCCAAUGUAUCAACGCAUCUCCUAUCGACAUGCUGUGUCUAUCACACCAAAUGGUCAGAUACCUUUCCGAGCUCAAGGUCAGAAACCUCCGGCACAUGAAACUCUGCGACUACUCAGUGGAAGCAUCAGUUUUCUCUCGCUUCAUAUCACGACAUGCCGCCACUCUCCAGAGUUUGGACUGUCCCUCGUUUUUCAUACAAGGGCAGACGGUGAGGCUCAAGUCUGUCCCCCAUCUGACCUCCAUCGCGGGUCCCAUAUCGUUACUUGUAGCUGUGCUCUCACGAUCGGAGAAGGCAUUUCCGAGCCGAAGAGAUGCGGACGCUCUUGCGUAUGAUAUCCCGCAUACCAAGCAUUCGACAUUUGCAGUCCCCUUUUGUUGGCCUCAUCGAAACCACGCUUCCCGACUCCGAGUCAAUGCCCAUCAUAUCGACCGUUUGACUGUGACAGAACCAUGGCUUGUGCCCAAGGAAAAACGCGAUUGGCUGUAUCGUCUUUUCCCUAAUUUGAUGGGCUAUAAAGAGAUAUGGGGUGGAGAGGUUGAUUUUGGUUUUGGGAGCAGCAGAGGGCAUCACCAUUUCUGACAGGACGAUAGAUCAUCGAGUUAUCCCUUUAGCGGAGAACGCUUAGGUAUAGCAACAUGGUUGCUUUCAAGUUCCGGGGAUUAGGACUUGUAUUUUAAUGCAAAAAUUAAGCAUUGCAGUCCACUAUCGAGCAUGCAGUAAAACCGGAGAAAGAGAGUAAAGCGAACAGAUGAAUCAGCCCCCAUCGCACUUUCCGCUCGAAUUGCCAGAGCUGCAGAGACCGUCUCUGCAAGACUUCUGGGCGAUGCAUAUGUUGCUGAUAAACCAAGG